AUGGCUCCCUACGCUUGGAAUGGAAGUGCUGGAAUUCUUGAAGAAUUCCUCAAAAAAAGGAAAGGUGUCAAGUUUGGUCAAUGCUGGACAUUCGCGGCCGUUGCUACUACUAUUUUCCGAACUCUUGGUAUUCCUACCCGUUGUGUGACGAAUUUUAAAUCGGUACAUGACUGUGAUUACAGCGGACCCAUCGAUGCUUAUUGGUCUUCGGAGGGAAAACCUCGCAAGAUGUACGAUGACGCUAUCUGGGACUUUCAUGUAUGGAAUGAGUCUUGGUUUAAGCGACCUGAUCUGCCUGGUUCCUACGACGGUUGGCAAGCGUACGACGCAACUCCUCAGGAAGUAAGCGAAGGUGUGUUUACGUGUGGCCCGGCUCCAGUCAAAGGAAUCCGAGAUGGGGAACUCCAUCUGAGUUAUGAUACCAAAUACCUGUUUGCUGAAAUCCACGGCCACCGCGUCCACUGGAUGAUGGACGUAAUGGGAAACAUGGAACCGAUCGCCGUUGAGCAGAAUGCUGUUGGCAGGUCAAUCAGUACAAAAGCUGUGAAUACCAUUUCUAGAGACGAUCUCACUCAUCACUAUAAACAUCCCGAUGGUAGCCCUGAACUAGCAGCCGCAUUGGAACGUGCAAAGCACCACACCUUACGGUCAAUUCCAGAUAUUCCUGCCCCAAGCAAGACGGAUGUCGAUUUUGCAUUCACCGGGGAAGGAUAUCGUACUGGUGACGUAUCUGCUUCCCUCCGCAUCAAGAAUAAUUCGACUUCACCUCGAAGUAUUAAGGUGCACAUGUGUGCAGCUGCUGCCUACUACACUGGUGUGCCUGCUAAUGAUUUGAAAGAAAAUUCCCAGACUGCUCUUCUGGAGCCACACGCAGAGAGCACAGUGAGUCUGUCUCUGAAAUGCAGUGAAUACGUGAACAGUUUGGACGCCGAUGCCCACAUUGUUAUGUACUGCUUAGCAACUGUUAGUGAAACUGGACAGAGAUAUAUUACAAGAGAAGCCUUUUGGUUAGACAAGCCACAUCUAGAUUUAAAGGCAGAUACCAGUGUGUGCAUAGGGAAAGCCUUUGAUGUAAUGGUAAAAUUCACCAAUACACUUACCAUACCACUUAGUGGAGGCCAUCUGAACAUCGAGGGGCCAGGAAUGCAAAGGGUAGCUCCAAUUAAAGUCAAAAAAUCAAUUGCUCCAGGGGAAGAAUUUAGAGAGAAUGUCCAGUUAAAAGCUCGUCGUCUUGGGCGGAAAGAAGUGAUUGCUAAUUUUUAUUGUAAGCAAAUAGUGGACAUUACUGGCGUGAUUGAGGUUGAUGUAGUGGAGGAACUAAAGACAAACUAA